AUGGCUAGAUUCGGAAUCACAACAGAUAACUUCUCCUACAUUUGCCGUGGAGAUUUCAGUUUGACUUCCUUUUCCAGCCAAAGGUGCAUGAUAGACAUUGUCAACAUGUUUUUCCUGGGUGUCUUUUAUGUCUCAUUGCUCUCCAAUUUGAUCAAGAAAAGACCAGCAAAUGCAAGUUGUAGCUGCAGAAAGGGAUUGGUUCGUGUAGUUACUUCGAUCUGUUGUACUCUUGUAACCAUUGCAUAUUUUAUUGAUGGUUUGUGGAAUUUCAUUGCUAAAACCAUAGGCUUCAAUCAGCUGAACUUGUUGGUUUGCAUUGUGAGAGGACUAGUUUGGAUAUCUUUAGCAGCUUCAUUGUUUGUUCAAAGAUUCCAAUGGAUAAAAAAGAUAUGCUCUAUUUGGUGGGUGUUUUCAUGUACAUUGGUUUCAUCACUCAAUGUUGAAAUUCUGCUUAAAGAGCAUAGAUUUCAAUUUUUUGACAUGGCCAUAUGGCCAGUGCACAUCCUAACUGUUUUCUGUGCCUUCCAAAACCAUGGCUACUUUGUCCCACAAGAAACCCCAGAUGCCAGUUUAUGUGAGCCUCUAUUAGUUCAUAAGGGAAAGGAUAAAACAGGACUAGGCCAUGCCUCCUUUCUCAGUAGAUCCACUUUCUCUUGGAUGAAUGCUUUGCUCAGUUUGGGUUACUCAAAGCCACUAACACUUGAAGACAUCCCUUAUCUUUCUUCUGAAGAUAAAGCUGAUUUUGCAUACCAAAAGUUUUCACAUGCAUGGGUUUCCCUUUUGAGGGAGAGGGGCAGGAACAAUUCUACAAACUUGGUCCUAUGGUCCAUAGCCCGAGUUUACUUGAAAGAAAACAUCUUCAUAGCCAUUUGCGCAUUUCUAAGGACAAUUUGUGCUGUUUUUUCUCCUUUACUUGUUUAUGCUUUUGUAAACUAUUACAGUUUCACUGACAAAGAGUUAAAACAAGGGAUGGCCAUAGUGGGGUGUCUUAUAUUUGCGAAGGUGGUUGAGUCUGUGUCUCAAAGGCAUUGGUCUUUUAACUCAAGGAGGUUAGGAAUGAAAAUGAGAUCUGCUUUAAUGGCUGCAGUGUAUCAAAAGAAAUUAAAACUUUCAGCUUUGGGUAGGAAAAGACAUUCAACUGGUGAGAUUGUGAAUUACAUUGCAGUUGACGCAUAUCGAAUGGGGGAUUUUCCAUGGUGGUUUCAUACGUUGUUGUUUUCUGCAUUGCAAGUUUUUCUGGCUCUUGGUGUCCUUUUUGGUGUUGUGGGUUUAGGUGCACUUCCUGGUUUAGUGACACUUCUCAUAUGUGGAUUUCUCAAUGUACCAUUUGCAAAGAUCCUUCAAAAGUAUAGGUCAGACUGUAUGAUUGCGCAAGAUGAGCGUCUGAGGUCAACUUCUGAGAUUCUUAAUAGUAUGAAAAUCAUAAAGCUACAGUCCUGGGAGGAUAACUUCAAGAAGUUAGUUGAAUCCCUUCGCGCUAAAGAGUUUAAAUGUUUGGCUGAAGUACAGUUCAUGAGAGCUUGUGGAACAUUUAUAUAUUGGAUGUCCCCUACCAUCAUUUCUUCAGUUAUUUUAAUGGGAUGUGCGCUUUUCCAGAGUGCCCCUUUGAAUGCUGGAACUAUCUUCACAGUUCUUGCAGCAAUGCGAAGCAUGGGAGAACCUGUCAUAUUUAUUCCAGAAGCACUUUCUAUUCUGAUCCAAGCUAAGGUCUCCUUUGAUCGUCUCAACACUUUUUUGCUUGAUGAUGAGAUAAAAGGCGAUGAUGUUGGAAGAACUUCAAAAGAUUCUUGCAGCAAGGGUGUUGAAAUUGUAGCAGGCAACUUCAAUUGGGAUCAGCGAUCAGUGCCUCCAACUUUGAGAGAAGUGAAUUUUGAGAUCAAGUGGGGCCAGACAGUAGCAGUUUGUGGCCCAGUUGGAGCUGGAAAAACAUCUCUUCUGUAUGCAAUACUCGGAGAGAUACCUAAAAUUUCAGGAACUAUUGGUGUAGGUGGGACACUAGCCUACGUUUCCCAAAUUCCUUGGAUCCAAAGUGGUACAAUUCGUGACAAUAUUCUAUAUGGAAAACCAAUGGAUGAAACCAGGUAUGAAUAUACCAUUAAGGUAUGUGCCUUGGAUAAGGAUAUCGUUGGCUUUAGCCACGGUGAUCUUACAGAAAUAGGUCAGAGAGGGAUAAACAUGAGUGGUGGACAAAAGCAAAGGAUUCAACUAGCUCGUGCAGUCUAUAAUGAUGCAGAUAUAUAUCUCCUAGAUGACCCUUUUAGUGCAGUAGAUGCUCAUACUGCAUCUGUUCUGUUUAAUGAUUGUGUCAGGACUGCUUUAAGAAGGAAAACAGUUAUUCUUGUGACUCAUCAAGUUGAAUUUCUCGCAGAAGUUGAUAAAAUCCUGGUAAUGGAAAGAGGAAAAAUUAGUCAAUCGGGUAGCUAUGAAGAUCUGUUGACUGCUGGAACAGCCUUUGAACAGCUUUUGAGUGCUCAUAGAGAGGCAAUUACAGGGAUAGAAAAAAUUAGUGCGAACAGAAAAGAAGAUGAGAAUGUGAUUACAGUUCAGCCUGAAGAUUCUCAUGUUUCUAAUCUCACUAAAUGUGGAAGUGAUGGGGACAUUUUUAACAAGAUUCAACUUACACAAGAUGAAGAAAAGGAGAGUGGUGAUGUUGGGUGGAAGCCAUUCUGUGACUAUAUUUUAUUCCCUAAGGGGUCUUUGCUUCUAUGUUUGAGCAUAUUAGCACAGUUGGUUUUUGUAGGUUUGCAGGCUGCAUCAACUUAUUGGCUUGCUAUAGCCAAUGAGAUGUCAAGAGUAACUAGCAGCAUCUUGAUUGGAGUCUAUAGUGUGACUUCUUUUUUAAGCAUUUUUUUUGUGUAUCUGAGAUCUUACUUUGCUGCACAUCUUGGUUUAAAAGCUUCUAAAGCUUUUUUCUCUGCCUUCACUGAUUCUAUCUUUAAUGCUCCUAUGUUGUUCUUUGAUUCAACCCCAGUAGGGAGGAUUUUGACCAGAGCUUCAUCAGAUUUAAGUAUUUUAGAUUUUGAUACCCCAUUUACCACCAUCUUUGUGAUAGCUGAAGUAACUGAACUUCUGACAAUGAUUGUGAUAAUGGUUUCGGUCACAUGGCAAGUGUUCAUUGUUGCAGUUCCUGCCAUGGUGGCUUCAAAAUAUAUUCAGGGCUAUUAUCAAGCUUCUGCAAGAGAAAUUAUGCGAAUCAAUGGAACUACAAAAGCUCCACUUAUGAAUUUUACGGCUGAGACAUCUCUUGGUGUGGUCACUAUAAGAGCUUUCAACAUGGCUGACAGAUUUUUCAAAAACUACCUUAAUCUUGUUGAUACUGAUGCCACAAUGUUCUUUCAUUCCAAUGCUGCCAUCGAAUGGCUAAUUAUAAGGAUUGAGGUACUUCAGAAUUUGACACUCUUCACUGCAGCUUUGUUGCUUGUGCUUCUUCCAAAGGGAUAUGUGGACCCUGGCCUUGUGGGACUUUCUCUAUCUUAUGCUUUUUCAAUGACAGCAACCGUAGUUUAUCUGACUCGAAUGUUUUGCAACUUAGCAAACUAUGUAAUCUCUGUUGAAAGAAUCAAGCAAUUCAUUCACAUACCAGCAGAGCCUAGUGCUAUUGUAGAGGACAAUAGACCACCACCUUCUUGGCCUUCUAAAGGUCGAAUAGAUCUCCAAUCUCUAGAGAUCAGAUAUCGUCCAAAUUCUCCAUUAGUCCUGAAGGGCAUCUCUUGUACGUUUAAAGAAGGGAGUAAAGUUGGAGUUGUAGGAAGAACAGGAAGUGGAAAAACUACACUUAUAAGUGCUUUGUUUCGCUUAGUUGAGCCUACUAGAGGUGACAUUCUUAUAGAUGGAAUUAAUAUAUGCUCAAUUGGGCUUAAAGAUUUAAGAAUAAAGCUAAGCAUCAUUCCUCAAGAACCAACCCUUUUCAAGGGUAGCAUUAGAAAUAACUUGGACCCUCUAGGCCUGUACUCUGAUGAUAAAAUAUGGAAGGCUUUAGAGAAAUGUCAGCUCAAGGCAACAAUUAGUAGUCUACCAAAUCUCUUGGACACUUCAGUGAGUGAUGAAGGAGAAAACUGGAGUGUGGGGCAGCGCCAACUCAUAUGUCUAGGAAGAGUGCUGCUUAAGAGGAACAGAAUUCUUGUUCUGGAUGAAGCUACUGCUUCCAUUGAUUCUGCCACAGAUGUUAUUCUACAACGAACCAUCAGACAAGAAUUUUCAGAGUGCACAGUCAUAACUGUGGCUCACAGAGUUCCAACUGUAAUGGACAGUGACAUGGUCAUGGUUCUAUCUUAUGGGAAACUGGUGGAGUAUGACAAGCCUUCAAAGCUUAUGGAUACUAGCUCUUCAUUCUCUAAGCUGGUAGCUGAAUAUUGGUCCAACUGCAACAGGAAUUUGUCCCCAAAAGAUUAG